AUGGCUGAACAUCCGUCUUUCACUCUUUCUGCUCUGCUCUCUGCCGGCGGAGUCGCCGGAUACCUCAAGACGCGCUCCAGGCCAUCUCUGAUCGCAGGACUGGGACUCGGCGCAUCAUAUGCUUUCGCUGGCUACCUGAUCAAAGAGAACAAGGACUACGGCACGGAGCUCGCCCUGGGCAACAGCCUGCUUCUGUUUGGGUCUGGAAUUGCCAGGUCGAUCAAGACGAAGUGGAGCGCGCCUAUUCCUCUGGCGCUUGCAGGCGCGGGAUGCCUGGCUUCGUUUUACUACCAGAAGAAGGUGCGCGAGUUUCGGUAUGGGGUUUAG